AUAUGGACUAAUUAAUAUUGGAACAUUUUUUUCUUAAUUUUUUUUAUUAUAUUGCAGUGAUGUCAGUGGAUGAUAAAGACACCGUAUUACUAAAAAGUGCACAAAGUGGAGUUGUUUUUUUCAUUUCGAAACCUGUGAGCCUCAAUGAUUUGAAGUAUGUUUGGCAACAUGUAAUCAAAUAUAAGAGAGGAAAAUCAGUUGUGACUAAACACUCAAAGUACAACAGUAAUCAUCAUGAUGAUGCUGUCACAAAUAAUCAAAAACAAGUUGGUGAUAUUUUGAAUGAUGUGGGAGAGUCAAGGAAAGAUGAGAACAUACCUUAUGAUCCAAAUAAUAAGAUCAUCAAUAAUCAUAAUAUAAUUGAUGAAGAUGAAGAUGGUGAUGAUGAUAUGGAAAGUUAUAGUAAAAACAAAAAUAACACAUCAUCAAGUUUGCUAGAUUAUGAUCAUGAAACGGACGAUCAAGUUCAUGUAAUCAAAAGCAAGGGUCAUAAAAAGAAGAAAGUAGUUUGGACUAAUUCACUUCACAAUAGCUUUCUUCUUGCCAUUGGACACCUUGGCUUGGAAAAGGCUGUGCCUAAGAAAAUUCUUGAGUACAUGAAUAUCCCUGGCUUGACUAGGGAAAAUGUAGCUAGUCAUCUACAGAAGUAUCGACUUUUCAUGAAGAAAGUAUCUGAAAAAGGUUCAUUGAAUGAGACGAAGACAAAUAUGUUGGCAAGUAGAAUGUGUAGAUCAACCUUUGCUAUGGGAUAUCAACAAGAGCUUUUGUUAAACAAAGCUCAUCAAAUCCCAUUCUCCUCAUUGAGCCAAUUCUACAGUACACACAAUAAUUACAACAUCAACAAUAUUAAUUACAAUAAUCAUCAUAUUUGGCCUUACUCAUCUUCAUCAUCACCACCUUGGAGUACAACUAGUUUGCCUAACCCAAUUGAUUUUUCUGAAACAAACUAUUGUAUGGCCACCAAUCCAUAUGACAUUGUGAAUAAUAAUUGUAGUUAUUCCAAUGGAUUCAGUAAUGAGGACUCAUCUUCUUUCAAUGGAAUAGUUCAAAACCGUCCUGAUUACAAUUCCAUAACUAGUUGCAUGAGAGGACAUUUGUUAAGUUCAACCAAUGAUGCUCUAUAUCACAAUUAUAUCAAUGGCAACAAUAGGUGUGUCCCUAAUAGCUUGGGUGGAAUAUACAUACCCCAUAUUGAGAACAAUGAAAACCAGAUCAUGAUCGAUGGAGGAGGUGGACAACAAUCCAUUGAAUUCCCCAAUUGUCGUGAUGGAUUAAUGGAAAACAAUAUUGGAGUAUUACUUUCCAAUGAGAAUCGCAUGAAUGAGAUGAUUAAUAUGACUAAUUACGAUCUACAGCAACAAAGUGCUUCUUGUUGUAACUAUGAUCAGCCUUCUCCUGUGGUAGAGCCAGUGCAACCUUCGUUGCAACAACAUUGUUAUGAUGUGUUACCGAAUUUGGAUGAACAAUAUAGCAAUGAAAUUGGGGAUGAUGACUCUAAUAAUCUUAGUAGUGUCAUAAACAAUGAGAGCACUUUUACUGCUUCUUUAGCCGGUGAACUGCCUGUUCCCAACGAUGUACUUGAUGAUAUUAUUGAUGAACUCUUUCCUCUUGAUUUUCAGGUAAUAUAUAUUAUUCAACUCUACUAUCUUUUUAAAUAAUGCAUAAUAGAGCAAUAUAUAUUUAUUUAUAUAUAUGUACAAAUAAUAUUUAUAGGCUUCAUUUUUAAUUUAUAUCUCCCUGUUAUUAGGACAUUGAUGUAAUGAAUCCUUCACUAGAAAACAAAGACAACAAUU